UCGACAUGCGAAGACGCUGACAAAGGUUGUGUAUUAAGAAUUUUACUUCAUUACUUUCAAAAUGCCGUGCAUAUUACACUCAACUGUACGUUUGUUGAAAUGGUUUGUGGUGUGGCUGUUGUGCAGUGUGUAUGCUAACGAUGUUCAGCUAUGCUCCGUGCAGGAAUCAGUGGAUAUUACGAACGGUACUAUAGCUGGAGAUGGAGGCAUUGACUACGACGGAGUGCGAUACAGUGCUUCUCAGUACUUUCAAGAUGGAAACACUCGAAGAGGAUGCAUUUGCCUAGUACGGCAAUGCAUAUAUGCAUGCGUGAAUGAAUAUUGGACAAACUAUGGGCUAAAGGAGCUCCUUGCUAAUGUUUCGGGUGCUUCUGGGGAAAACACUGGCAUAGUUAAUCCGGCGCUAGAGGCAAAGUAUCACAUGAUUUUGAAACAACCUUACUGUGCGGGAGAUUUUAUUGUACCGAAGCAGCGUCAAGUGAAAAUAACUUCAAAAGGAGAGCUGAACGUUGUUGAUUACUUUUGUAUUCUACCAAAGACCGAGAUGGGUGAAUUCCAUGCAUUAUACUGCGACAAGUAUUCUAUUGCACAACCUAGCGAUUUGUAUCAUCAAAUACAUGCCUUGGGAGACUUUCUGGUUGUUUUUCCCUUGCUUGUGGCCACCUUUGUGGUUUACGCUAUUCUACCGGAGCUAAUGGACGGCAAAUCAGUGAUGUGCUACGUGGCAUGCCUCACCGUAUCCUAUUUGUUUCUGGCCAUGGAACAAUUGAACGCCUUUGGCUACAAGUCCCAUUUGUAUACCAUCUCUGCCUACAUACUAUACUUUACGUUGUUGGCCAGUUUCUUUUGGCUGAACGUCAUCUACUGGUUACUUGGUGAAAGUCGUGGACAGAUGACUAAACACAGAAAGUUCCUGUACUGCUCUCUGCAUGCUUGGGGCGCACCUAUAUUGAUCCUAGCGUCGAAUCUCCUCUUCGAUCACACGGAGCUAAUGGGUUAUGAACUUGUUACGAAUGUUGGCGAAGAGGCAAGCUUUCUCAAACCGGACAAAGAGACUGAGGCUCGAUACUUGCACUUAGUGCUGCUAAUUAGUGCGAACAUAGUUCCCUGCACUAUCACUGCCAUGCGCAAUUACCUAAGCAAUCUGGCCGAUGCCAGUACGAUUACUGGCAAUUCGGGAUCUCUCUUGAAGCUUGAAAAGGAUCGUAACAGAAUCGGCCAACAUCUGAGCUUGUUCUUCAUCAUGGGGAUAGCCCGGUCGCUAGAUAUAAUAAAAUGGCAGCAGAUUGAUCCGAAAACAGCCUAUUGGUUAUGGCUGGUGUACAUUGUGAACGCUCUGGGAUACUGCCUUUGGGGUAUAUUCAUCCUUUUCCGGCUCGUCUGCAAUCAAAUAGUAUUGCAGUUGUUGUAUCAGCGAUUCGGCAGAAGAGAAAAUACCCCUAGAGAGGAUUAUACUGCGUAUUCUAUUCCUCAAUUGGUUGAUGUAGAAAAUCCCAAGAGCGUCCUUAUGAUGCAUCAAUCUGAGUGAUUAUCUGUAAAAUACAACUUCACCGAAAUUACAGAUUCGAUUUCAAAUGCAAAUGCAAAAGAAAACCGAAAUGAAAGCUACCAUUUUACUUUUCAAUAACAGUUUAUCGAACUCUCUUCAUAUGCUUCGUGGUGGAAGUGCGAUUCACGAAUCGUAUGAUUUUCCUGGU